AUGGUGAAGAACAUUGAUGAUGGCACCUCACAUGGCCCUGAAAGCCAUCCUGUGGUGGCUGGAACUUACCACUAUGCCCACAAAGUGACAACUGCUGCCACAGGGAAGAAGAUUGUCAGGAGGUCAAAGACCAAGUGUUUUGUGAGAGUUUAUGACUACGAUGAUCACCUCAUGCCCACAAGGCACUCUGUGGAUAUCCCCUUGGACAAAACUGUCAUGAACAAGGAUGUCUUCAGAGACCCUGCUCUUAAACACAAGGCCCAAUGGGAGGCCAGGGUCCAGUCUGAAAAGAGGUACAAGAUGGGCAAGAACAAGUGGUUCUUCUAGAAGCUGCAGUUUUAGAUGUUUUUUGUUUUGGUCAUUAAAAAUUAAAAAAAAAAAG